AUUCUAGUUAAUUUUCAUUUUCACAAAUACAAUUGCAAAAGUGCAUAUUGAUACAAAAAAAAAAAAAGAAUAGAAAGAAAUUGCAUACGAAAACAGUUUUUUCGUGAAUAGGUCAAAUGCACAAGCGAACAUCAUAAAAUUUAGACAAUUUCGUAAAGUUUUGAGCAUAGUCAAAACAACAUUAUUUCUUUUUGCAUUUGCAUCAUUGCAUUCAUAUAACACAAUUCGUAUAAACAUCGCGUUGUCAUUGGAUUGUCAUUCGUUUUGAUAAAAAAAAUUUUUGCAAACAUAUUGAAAAAUCAUUUCAAUUUCGUAAUUGUUUUGAAAGCAACGAAAAAUUGGCAAAAUAUCAAGGAAAAUAAUAGCGAAUACGGUGCAUUUAGAACAACAUAGUCAAUUGCAACGACGCACAAUGGCUGUCAAAGAGAAUUCAGAGCCGGAUGAUUUGGAAUGGAGUACCGAAGAAGAGGUUCAAUUAUUGUAUGCAUUGGACGGAUUACGGCCGGUUGGUAUCAAUAAACAUUUUUAUAUGGCGCGAAUUUGUGAACGAAUGUCAAAUGCAUUGAAACGUGACAUUGCGCCUGAAAUAAUUUGGGCACAUUUACGCACAUGGUACAAUCUGGAUGCACUUGAUCAAAUGGAACGUGUACCAUUUGCUGAAGAAGAGGUGGAAUUUUCGUUGCCCGAGUCGGAGUUCAGUACACUCAUGACUAAAAAGCUGGCUGAAGCCGAAGAAAAGAAACCGAUAGAUAUCAAAACGGAAACAAAUACCAAAGUUAAAGCCUCAACACCACAAAGUACCAGUACCAAAACCCGACCGCAAACGCCAAAGGAAUUGGAUAAAAAAGUAGCCAAUAAAAUAAUGGCCGAACAACCAAAACGAGGACAAAAACGUACGCGUGGCUCCAUUUCGAACGAAUCAAAUAGCAGCCCAUCAACUACACCGCCUCCAACGCUUGCAAAUAAGCGAAGACGAAUCUAAAGCCAGAUUCCCGCGUUCAUUUAAUGACAUGCAUACACACACACACACUUACAAAAAAAGUUGAGCUUUAAUCUGGAUAAAUGUGAACUACCAAAAUGAAAUUACACUUAACGUAAUUGAACACGCGUAAUUAAAUCAAUAUAUACCAAUGAAUGAAUGCGAUAUCCGCACAUGAUGCGAAUGAUUUGAAAAAGAAUGAAAAAAAGUAACCACAAAAAAUUUAAAUUGAACAUUUUGUUUUGUAGAAGGAAAAUCAUUAUUCGAUUGCCAUAAUUUGUAUAGAAAUUACUAAUUGAUUAAUUUUUUUCCAUUAUUUACGUCGUUAAAGUUAAGAUUUAUAGUAUAUGUAAAGUUCUGUAUCGUGAAAGAAAAAAAAUGCAUUUUUUGCUUUUUUUUGUUUGAUUCAAGAUACUGAGAAGUGAACAAAACAAAAUAACUGAUAGUAUCGAUCAAUCGAUAAAGACAUUUUUAAUGGCAAAUAAAUAAUGAACAACUUCAACAUUUAAAUCUAAUGCAUAUGCCCAAAAUCAAAACUAAGAUUUACAAAUAUAAACAAGAAAUGUGCACAUCCCGAGCUCCUUAUGAGAUUUAGACUAUUUGUAGCCGAUUCAUGAGACGGCAUUAAAAUAUAUUGCCCACGAUGUAACUCAAUCAAAAAAAAAAAAAACUAUUUCAUUAAGAGGCCUUUCAUAAAAGGUAGGAAAAAAAAACAAAGGGUUAAUUUUUUUUUGGUCAAACCAAUUUCCCAACGCGGAAACAAAUGAAUGCGGAAACUAAUGCAUACCACGUCGUAUGUAAAAAAAAAAAUUAAAAUAAAAAACAAAAAAAAA